CGGUCCCUAAACUUGUGCGCGUGUGUCAUCUAAGUUCCCAAACUUCUAAAACGCAAAUUGAACUUUUCAAACUUGCUAAUUGUCCCAUACAGGUCCAAAUCUCUAGAACUUCCAUUAAUAUGCCUACAUGGCACACUACGCGGUGAUGUGGACAUGUAGAUCCGCACGUAAGCUCUACCAUGCUUCUCUGUCCACUCUCUCUAUCUCCUUGUCCACCAGUCCACCGGCGGUCCUCUCCCCGACGAUACAGAAGACCAGCACGAGCUGGACCUCGAUCCGCGCAGCUGACCCCUCUCUCCUUUUCCGUCGCCGAGAUCUGCAUCUCUGGCAGGAGGCACUCGAGCCCCUCGGCGGCGGCAGAUGGCAGCGCUCGACCUCGAGCCCAAGCCACCACCGCUUGCUGGCCACGCUGCUCUACCUCUCAGGCGCGCAGCCGUUGGCCUCCGUUCCGCCAGCCACCACUGCCCCUCGGCCCUUCUGAGGAGGCGGAGGAGAAAAGGGGAGGAGGAUGUGAGGGGGCUAGCACGCGCAGAGGCAAGAAAGCAGAAAGGCGGGAGGUUGCGGCGGGUUAGGCUGCUCUGGUCCCAGCGUCGACAGGGGACACGGAGGUACCACGAGGUCCUUGGCGGUCGGCGGCGGCGCUCCACCUCAGAACCUUGAUGGCAACGCUCGAGCUCGUGCAAUCCGCCUCCUCACUGGCACCAACAGCGGAGCUUGCAAGGAUGGCAGCCGCACAAUGCUCACCCAAGCCCUUUUCCCACCGCUGACCAUUUUGAUUUGCCGCUGCCGCAUUGAGCUUGUUCGUGCUGACUCCGAUUCACGGUCCUGCUCAUUGAAAUCGCGCCGCUCCCCAGCUAUGUCAUCACGCGCACUCCGCCAUGGGCUGCCGCCGUCCAGCGCCCUCCCCCAGCCAUGCCGUCGUGUCGCACGGCCGCGGGCCAUCCGCCGCCGCUAGUGCCCCUCCCAACCAUGUUGUUGAACUGCCAUCGGGCCAAAGGCUGAGCGCCUCCAUGGGCCGACGACCAGUGGUCCACAGUCGGGCCCUAGGAUGACAACCAGGGCCCUCCGCGGCACCGCGUGCAUCGUCUGUGGCCUCGUUCUCCUACACGUCGUCGGGAGCGGCCGGUUGACCUUGGCACAAGGCAGCCGUGCCGGUGGCGGGCGGCAUGAGGUGCAGGGGUGCUGCGGCAGGCGGCAAGGGCCAGCUCAGGGGGGGAGGGGGCAACGCGAGCAGCCGGACAGGCGCCGCAGAGAGAGAAAGAUAGAAAUGUGGGAGAAGAGGUGAGGAAGAGAGAAAGACAGAAAUGUGGGGAGGAGGUGAGGAAGAGAGAGCUGACAUGUGGACUCCACAUAAGCAGAUCCGCUGGCCGACGACAGGCGUUGCGGUGCACGCGGUGAUGAAGGGAAGAUGGCGUCGUGGCAGGUUGACGAGCGGGCCCCACGUGUGGAUCCACGUCAUCACGGAGUCAACAUGCCAUGUAGGCGUAUUAAUGGAAGUUCUAGAGAUUUGGACCUAUAUGGGACAAUUAGCAAGUUUGGAGGAUUUCAACGUGCGUUUUAGAAGUUUGGGAACCUAGAUGAUACACUCGCACAAGUUUAGAAUCCGCUCGGGUAUUUUACUCUAAAAAAAAUUAUUUGCAACCAUGGUGAAGCAACUGUCCCCGAAAUAACUGAAUCCCUCAGACUCUGAAGUCCGAAUUGAAGGCUGUUAUAUAUAAAGCCGCUUAUUGCUCCUCCUUGUUAACCGUCCCAUCCUCCAAGACUUCAGCAAACUGACAGGGCGAAGCAAGGAGCAGCCGCCAUGGACGCAGAGAUGGGGAGGAAGGUGGCGAAGGAGAAGGAGAUGAGGGAGUGGUGCGUCGCGCUUCCCAAGGUGGAGCUCCACGCCCACCUCAACGGCUCCGUCCGCAAUUCCACCCUCCUGGAACUUGCAAAACAGCUAGCUGACAAAGGAAUCAUUGUCUUCGAAGAUGUUAAAGAUGUGAUCAUGAAGAAUGGUAGAUCUCUCCCAGAGUGUUUCAAGCUUUUUGAUUUGUUCCAUAUACUUACAACGGAACAUGAUACAGUAACAAGGAUCGCUAAGGAGGUCGUGGAAGAUUUUGCUGCAGAGAAUGUUGUGUAUUUGGAAAUAAGAACUACCCCUAAGAACAAUGAAGCCAAAGGGAUGACCAAGCGGUCUUACAUGGAUGCUGUUAUUAAAGGUCUAAAAGCAGUUGAAGCUGUUGAUGUUGUUUUAUUUGAUUCUAACUCAAGAACAAAUGACACAUUAGCUUGCACACCUACAAUUGAGUUUGAUGGUGACACAAUGAAAAAGAGGAUAUAUGUCAGGCUCCUUCUUAGUAUUGAUCGCCGUGAGACAACUUCGGCUGCAUUGGAUACUGUUAAUUUAGCCCUGGAAUUGAAGGACCAAGGUGUCAUUGGCAUCGAUCUUUCUGGCAAUCCAGUCGUGGGGGAAUGGGAAACAUACUUGCCUGCCCUGCAACAUGCUAAAGAGCUAGGAAUCCCCAUUACAAUUCACUGUGGAGAGGUAGCAAACAGGAAGGAGAUCCAGGCAGUGCUGGAUUUCUGCCCUCAGAGGCUGGGUCAUGUAUGCUGUCUGAAUGAUGCAGAAUGGAAGAAGCUCAAGUCCCUGAUGAUUCCAGUUGAGAUAUGUUUAACAUCAAAUGUUAUGACAGGAGGUGCUCCUUCUCUAGAGCUUCAUCACUUUGCUGACCUCUAUAAUGCAAAGCACCCUCUAUCCUUAUGCACAGAUGACUGUGGCCUGUUUUCAACAAGCCUCUCAAAUGAGUAUUACCUCGUUGCAGCCACUUUUGGUCUCACCAAGCCUGAGCUGUUUCACCUAGCUCAGGAAGCAGUGCACUUUAUUUUUGCUGAUGAAAAUGUGAAGAAGUCUCUGAAGGAAGUGUUCAAGCAUGCCGAGAAGAGAUUUGACGAUGUUGUCUAAAAUUGGCGUGACAAACUAAUGUGUGUGCAUUGUAUGAUCACUAUGAACCCAUGCAAAACAUGUAUAGGCGUGUAAUUUCUUGUUUAUGUAUGGAUUGUGUAAUCUUUUCAAGAAAUAUAGUCAAAGAGGUAAUCAGCGUCAAGAUGUGGCACAAAAGCCUAUGGAGAAGGGGUUGUAAGGAGCUGGUAACAAACCUCGCGGUGUCCAUGAUCGGAAGCCCUCGCGGCCUCGCUGCUCGCUUUGCACCUG